AACGGUGGUAAAAAUAAGACUUUUAUUUUGAUUCUGGCGGACUGCGACACAGGAACUUCCGCCACAGGACUGCUGGUCAAGUGUUGCCAUAACAGGCAAGCGGCUAGCGCUAAUGUUUGCUAACUAAUUAGCAGCUUAGGUGUCAUUGCCGUGUGAGUGUGAGUGUGUGUGUGUGUGCGUGUUCCAAUCUGAACCAUGGAACAGUGUGCGUGUGUGGAGCGCGAGCUGGAGAAAGUGCUCCAUCGCUUCGUACUGUACGGCCACCAGUCCGAGGAGAGGCUCGAUGAACUCCUGCGCAGCGUCUGCGAGAUACGAGGGCAGCUGGUGGCUUUCGGAGUACAAGAUGCAGACUUAUCCGUUCUAUCCCAGACUAUGGCCCAGUGUUGUAAGAACAUCAAAGAAACAGUGCAGGUGUUGGCCUCACGGCAUAAGGACAUCCACGGCAGCGUGUCCAAAGUCGGCAAAGCCAUCGACAGAAAUUUUGAUGCAGAGAUCAGUGCUGUGGUGGCGGAAACAGUGUGGGACACCCCGGAGAGACAGAAAUACCUGAGUGAGACGAUUGUGGAACAUCUUUACAGACAAGGGAUGCUCAGUGUAGCAGAGGAUCUUUGUCAGGAGUCGGGUGUAGUUAUAGAUAUGAGUAUGAAGCAACCUUUCCUGGAGCUGAACAGGAUCCUCGAAGCUCUGAGGAUGCAGGACCUCAGGCCGGCGUUAGAGUGGGCUGUGACGAAUCGGCAGCGCCUUCUGGAUCUGAACAGCAGUUUAGAGUUCAAGUUGCACCGUUUGUACUUCAUCAGCUUGCUCAGUGGAGGAAUCAGCAACCAAAUGGAGGCUCUGCAGUACGCCCGGCACUUCCAGCCCUUCGCCUCCCAGCACCAGAGAGAUAUCCAGAUCCUGAUGGGGAGUCUGGUGUACCUGCGUCACGGCAUCGAGAACUCUCCAUACCGUAGCCUGCUGGAGACAAAUCAGUGGGCGGAGAUCUGUAACAUCUUCACCAGGGACGCCUGUGCUCUCCUGGGCCUCUCGGUGGAAUCUCCGCUAAGUGUUAGUUUUGCGUCGGGCUGCAUGGCCCUGCCGGUGCUGAUGAACAUCAAACAGGUGAUCGAGCAGAGGCAGUGCAGCGGCGUCUGGACGCACAAAGACGAGCUGCCUAUUGAAAUCGACCUCGGGAAGAAGUGCUGGUACCACUCUGUGUUCGCAUGUCCGAUCCUGCGGCAGCAGACCUCAGAGAGCAACCCCCCCAUGAAGCUCAUCUGUGGCCACGUCAUCUCCCGAGACGCCCUCAACAAACUCACUAACGCUGGGAAGUUGAAAUGCCCGUACUGCCCCAUGGAGCAGAACCCGUCACACGCCAAGCAGAUCUACUUUUGAUACCACAGGAGGAUGAAGCGACCUGGAGAUUUUUGCGUUUUCCGGGACCGUUUGCUGCGGCCCCCCGCCCCGCCCUCCCUCUGCCCCCGGCCCGCGGCGGCCCGUUAUUGUAAGCAUUAAGGUUUUGACCCCAGUGCUCCUCCGGACGGCCUCGUCCAUCCUGUCUCCCACCUCGGACCCUCCAGCCUUGCGACAUAUACAGAGUUCAGCAGGGAUCGAUCUACCAACCAUUUACAACAGGGAGAAGGGGGAGGAGGGGGGGUGUUCACACAGAAGCAGCCCACUAUUGAUCAUCCAUUGAAAGUCAUUUGCGAAUGCCUGCAGAGUUCUAGGCCUACCUUUUUAAAGUAUGUAAGACUUUCUUUAGUAUUUGUUUUAUUUUUUCGGCUUUAUCGACUGUUUGGCUGACUGCUUCUUUGUUUUUUUGUUAUUGUUGUUGUUUUUCGACUGAAGCAGUUGAAUGAUUAUGAAUGGGUGAAGAGUGUGGGCAUCUGGUGUGGAUAAGCAGUUUCUGAUUUCAGGAUGGAAAUAAACUUCUGUAACUCACGAGAAACCCACCGAGUCGCGGACUGUGUCGGAGGUCGAUUAUUUGCUGGCGAAGGGAGACGGUGGAGGUCUGCGUCGUGACCGUUCACCCCUUCGCUUUACUGUAUUUAAGGCCUCACGUAGCUUGGCAGUCAGAUGUCGGCUGAUUUUGAAUUUAUCGGUGGUGGAAGAGCUUCUUUUUCUUCUUUUUGUUUUGUUUUCCUUUGGGACCGAUGUCACCAGCAAGAGUUUCAUCAUCAGACAAGCCAUUUGUCUUGUUCUAUUCUAUGUAUUUAACAAACACACACACAAAAAAAAAAAAAGCAAGGAAAAAUAUAUAUAUAUACUACUGUGAAAUGUGUUUUUGUUCCUGUUUUCCAUUGCAACCACCAGAAUGGCUCAUGUAAAAUAGCAGACUGAACAUGCGUAAUCGACACUACUGCGUAACCCUCUCAAGUACCGACUGGACGCCGUCGCCUCACUCUGUGCCACGCGUUGUGUACCCUCAGCUUGCACGCCAUGUGAUUUGGAGAUGUAAAUCGGUGUGACGGUAGCCGUAUGGUCUGACUUUGCUGUGACUGUAGGCUUGUGGUUGAGCUUUACUUGUCGUGGACGGGGGAGUCCUCUCAUUGUCAUUGUGGCUGUUCGUUUUAUUAUAUACUUAGAAGACGCCCCUGCUGCACAGCGUUGGCUUUCACUCCAGACUUUCUCAGAAUAGCAGCGACAUCGAAAUCCGUACAUUUCCUCAGGGCUCAUUGCGACACCUCACAAACCAUACAUCGCAUUUAGUAUCAAAUCUACAUUUAUAUAAGGAGUCUUGAACAAAGAUGACAGAAUAGUCGACUAUUGAUAGUUUCAGGGGAGUUUCUGGAGUUUGUAUAUAAUACUCAGUUUUUAAUGUGUUUGCAAACACUUGGAGAAAACAAAAAAAAAAAAAAAAGGCUUGUCACAGCAUCCAAGACAUU